AGGUGAAAGCCAAGAGUUUGCUUCAGGGUUAACGAAAUUAUCAAGAAACAAAAGCAAUAUGCGUCUUGCAAGAAAUUAAGGUUAAGGUGAGCUCUCUAUCGAAAAGUUGUUGUCAAUGUACAAUCUCCAUUCUUGAUAUUUAAGAAGUCGACGUCAACUCUCUUAGUCCACCUUUUACUUACCUUUUUCAAAUAACCAACCUAAAAAAAAACCCUAAGACCUAAAACCUAAAAUUUAUGUGCCUUUAACUUUUACGUUUACGCGCGACCUUCAAUACAUUGCCUCUAUUUUUUUUACGCGCGUAAAAAAUACGUGUGUACUUACCUGACUUCAGUCAAUUUUACCAAAGCCGUAGCUAGCGUUUUGGAGCCUCCAAACUUGAAAGUUUUCUGGGCGAGGACACCCCGAGACCCCCCCUACCAGGCUCCUGCCUUCGGCCACCGCGACAAUGCCCCCCCCCCCCCCCCCGCCCCCCAACCCGCCCCCCCCCCCCGCGCCACGCCCCCGGCGGCACCACAGCCCCCGAGCGGCGUCGGCUCGCAAAAAAAACCUAGCUACGGCCUCGUUUAGGCGUCAGCGGAAACCCACCUUAUAGAGGUUUGCUUGGUUACAUUGACCGCGAAGUCAGUCUGCGAACGCGAAAAGGAGAAAAGAAAGUAAGGGACUGUACAUGUUACUCCCCUUUCUCUCCCUGUUAAAACAGGAGAGUGAUACCUGCAGAGGAGAUCACACAGUACCGGACGAAUUUUCGACCGCCUGAAAAAUUUGACCGGACACUUGUUUGAUUUCUUUGUACGGUUAAGGUAGUUCCGUGUGAACAGAAAACCUAAACGCGUAAAUUUGAAAAAUCGUCCGACACAGUGUGGUGAUACCUGCGAUGAACAGGAAAGCGCGCACAUCCCUUACCUAGUUCCCGGCACAAGCUGAGAGGCUGUAAUGAAAGAUUUUGUUCGUUCUACGUAUUGGAGUCAUUAAAAAGGAAGUUCAUAUUGACAACAAGUUUAUGUCAGCAACAAUUGUUCUGAAAGGUUUGGCAAAAUUAAAAAAAAAAUUGUAUCUUGUUUACACUAUAGGAGGUCUGAAAAACAGGCCUAUCAUUCGGUUAAUAACUUGGUUAAUCCUUGCAAUGGGCAGAGGGGUUAAAGCAGCGAACUUCGUUAUCGGACUUCGUAUACCAAAGAAGCUUAGAUGAAGUUUCUUCCAUUGGCUUAUUCAUUCAGAGAUAUUUUCGAGCUACCCCAAUAACGAUAACUUGGAAGUUGAUUGACUUUUAUUGGCACAAUCAGUGUGCAAUACGAUAGAGUCUCUUUGUGAAUAUUUAAUGACUUAUUCGAGUUUAAUGGUGGACAUGUAAAAAAAACGUACCCGGGGGGUACUCCCUACAGUGGCCUAUAAGGGGAAGCUCCGCCCAAAAAGAAAACCUUAUUUAGGCUUCAGGUAUAUAAAAGAGUGGGGAUUUACUGGCUGAAGUAUAUGAAAGGGUAGGGAAAUCUAUCAUUUCGGUCUUUAAAAAGGCCCGAAGGCCUAACAGAUGCAUUUUAUGGCUGUGCAAAAAUCGAGAAAACGUUCUAGUUUUGCGAUUUAUUCAUAUUUAAAGGACAUUGGAUUACAGCAGUUAAAAUGUAUGCAAAGUACGCCUACGCGUAUAAACCUUUCUUGAGUACUCCCCCCUUCCCAAUGAUGAUAAACUUUCUACCAGGUGAUCAGUUACUUCUUAGUUGUAGUUCAAUGAGCGCCAACAAUAACAGCUGAAAAUUCACAAAUAUUUUUUUGCCCUCAGUUUUCAGACCUAUUUGGCUUUAUCUCCCCUCAACCGCUGCUUUUGAUUUUUUCUUUCCACAGCUGAAAGCAAGGGUUUUAUUUCAGCGUUAACAAAAGUAUCAAGAAAUUAAGGUUAAGGUGAGCACUCUAUCGAAGAAUUGUUGUCAAUGUACAAUCUCCAUUCUUGAUAUUUAAGGAGUCGACGUCAACUCUCUUAGUUCACCUCCUAACUUUCCUUUUUCAAAUAUCCAAAUUUUAUUUUAUUUUAUUUUAUUUUUUUUUUCUGAAGGGAGGAGAAAUUAAUAAAGAGAAUUAAAAGAAAACAAUGUUCUCCAGGAGGAUCUCUUCAGCCGAGUGCAGCACAUGGUAUGCUGUAUCCCUUACUAUAAAUGUUGCUGUGGUCUCAGUGAACCUCCUAUCAAUUAUUGUUUUUAUAAAGAACAGUAAUCUUCGGACUCGUGCCAUGUACUUGGCUAUCAACUUGACGGUUGUUGAUAUGUUUGUUGGAGGAAGUGCCACUUUCGUUAUAGUAUUGCUUUUCCUCCUCUACGGUUGCGGAGCUGGAAGUACAGUUUUCAUCUUUAUUCCUGCGCGGGAAUGGCCACCUAUUUUGCUUGUGUUUUUCAUGAUCGACACCUGGGUUUCUCUCACCUCUUUAACCGGCAUUGCAGUAAUUUCGUUAGAUAGGAUGCAUGCGACGUUUCGUCCAUUCAGGCAUCGCAACACUGAAAAAUGGGUCUACGGGGUAACAAUUGCGGGCGUCUGGAUUUUAACUGCGAUGAUAUUUAUUCCCACUCCGAUAAUACGUCUCUAUGGGAACUUGCAUCAACAGUGGCAAUUGGUAUUUGCUUUCUACUUAUGGCUGUCACAUGGUCUCCUUUGUCUUUUUGUUAUCUUUGUUUCUUACACCUCCAUUGCUUUAAAAUUUUGGUGUGGAACCCGUCCUCCGUCCCAUGGUGCGGCCAAUAGACAAAGAAAACUGACUGUGACAUUAUUCAUAAUGACCAUUGUAUCUUUGCUGCUGUUUUUACCAUAUCCGGUAUAUACUUUAUCUACAGAUAGGUCUUUCAACCUGACAUUUUUACGCUUGAGAUUAUCUUUUACUCUUCUACACCACACAAACUCGCUUGUUAAUCCCAUAAUUUACACAAUCAGAAUUCCAGAGUUCAGAAGAGCUCUCCUGAUAUUAUCUAAACGUCGACAAAGACAAAAUGUUGGUAUUCCUCCUCAAGCCCGUUAAAACCAAAAGGGAAUUCCUGGGACGUCCGCAUAUUUUUAUCGAUUCUUUAAACACCAACAACAUGGUCCCCCGCGCGACUGCCUCAAAGCAACAAUGCAGAAGAUUGUUAUGGCGACUGUUGAAUUUCGUCGUGAAAACACUAAAUAAAAGUUUGCGGAGCUCUCCGGACACCAAAUUCUAAGCGUUUAAUUGGAUUAAAAAUAACUUUGAUGAAAUUCACAUGUCCCAACUAGAACCAUAAUAGGACUUAGUACCAAUCAAGGGCGUGACUGGGCGCUCUUUGUCCUUUUAGGUAACACUUGAUUUUAAGUUCAUAAUGGUAACAAGCGUGAAAAACAAGAGGGAGGAGGGAGAAAUGUGCUUUAAAUAAGUGAGAAGGGACAAAAUAACUUUUAAGUUUUGUUAUUAACUUUAAUUAAUUAAGACAUUUUCUUUUACUUUUGUGGUUGUUGUACGUGGCCACAAGUUUUGCCUCUUUGAGCUACGUAAUUGCUGCGGUAUGUGCAAAUGAAGUUCCAGCAAUGAUGGAGAGGUUGUACAUAUGAGGCUAGCUAUGGUCACACUAUACUGGAUAGCUUUUGUGCCGCGACGAAAAUCACACCGGAUAGGGAUUCGGUUGACACACGUGAACGGUGAUUUCGACGCGAUUUCAAUGACGGAGCGCUCACAGGUGUUUAUACUUUGCGGGACGGUUUGUCGUGUCAGCUUACUUUUGACUGCUUUUAAUUUGUUUGCCAUCUUUGUAUGUAUUAUUUAGCAAUCCUUUUGAGAUGAAAUAGUCCGGGGACGUAUUUGAAGCUGUUAAAAUCACUUACAGCAGGUGUUUUAAAAAUUGAAUCCACUAUUCAGCCAGCAUAAAGUAUGCUUCAUAAACAGGCAAUUUCCGAGUUCCAAAAGCUCUCACUUUUCAAGCAGGCGAGGC